ACCUUUUAAUACUCUCUUAUUUCUUUUAACUUUUAAUAUCUUUUUCGGUUUUAAAAAGCAUCUUCUUCUCCCUCCCUCCUUCCUCAUCAAUCAUCAUCAUUCACCAUUCUCCCUUCUCUUCUUUGCUUCGCAUCUCAACCAAACUCCCCUCUAUUUCUCCGCACAAUAAUAUAUUAGAGAUAGAGAGAUACAGAUUUGUAUAAUUUAUACAUAUAUAAUUAUAUAUAUAUAUAUAUAGUGUAAGCGUUACAAACGAACAACUAACCAUGAAUUCUCGUCGAUCGUUAACGUCCGCUACGGCGGCGACUAUGAGUUUUCUAUUGUAUAUCUGCACCACCGUAGUCGUCACCAACGGUGAGCUUCAGAGAUUUAUCGAACCGGCGAAGAGCGACGGUUCUGUUAGUUUUAUAACCAUCGGAGAUUGGGGUCGCCGCGGUGACUUCAACCAGUCUAAAGUCGCUUAUCAGAUGGGAAGAGUUGGAGAAAAGAUAGGUUUAGAUUUCGUGGUGUCCACGGGAGAUAACUUCUACGACAAUGGAUUGUUUAGUGAAUACGAUCCCAACUUCAAAGAGUCUUUCUCUGAUAUCUACACUGCUCCAAGUCUCCAGAAACAGUGGUACAGUGUCUUGGGGAACCAUGAUUAUAGAGGUGACUCAGAGGCUCAGCUAAGCUCUGUUCUCAGAGAAAUCGACAGCCGUUGGAUCUGUCUCCGAUCAUUCGUAGUCAACGCAGAGUUAGUCGAGAUCUUCUUCGUUGACACAACUCCUUUCGUGAAAGAAUACUACACAGAAGAAGACGGUCACACGUACGACUGGCGUGCGGUCCCAUCUCGCAAUUCUUAUGUCAAGUCUCUCCUCCGUGACCUCCAAGCUUCCUUAAAAAGAUCCAAAGCCACGUGGAAGAUCGUCGUUGGUCACCACGCCAUGAGAAGCAUUGGUCACCAUGGAGACACUAAAGAGCUAGUGGAGGAGCUACUUCCGAUUAUGAAAGAGUACGGUGUUGAUCUCUAUAUGAACGGACACGACCAUUGUCUUGAACAUAUCAGUGACGAAGACAGUCCUAUUCAGUUUCUGACUAGCGGUGCUGGCUCCAAGGCUUGGAGAGGAGAUGUUGACCCGACGACCAACAAUCCAAAGUCUGUGAGAUUCUAUUACGAUGGUCAAGGGUUCAUGUCUGCUAGAUUCACUCACACGGAUGCAGAGAUCGUCUUCUACAAUGUCUUUGGUGAGGUUUUGCACAAAUGGGUUACUUCUAAACAGCUUCUUCUUUCCUCUGUUUGAUUCAAAGGCCUAAUAAACUGGGUUUCUUUGUAAUUUUUGUAACAUAUAUUUAAGAUAAGUUUAGCAUC